GGGGGGGGGGGGGCUCGUUACCGUCGCUCGGUCCUGACAGAAGGCGGGUGGGUGGUGAGGAAAGUGAGGGGCUUCCACCUCGCCGUGGGGCUGCCGGGCCGCGCACCCUCCCGGCCGGGGGAGCCCGAGGGGGAGAGAGAGGAGAGGAGGAUCAAGGGCAGCGGCGGCUGCCGGCACUUGCUGGGGUGGGCAGGUAACUAGAUAGCGGGAGUCGCGGCUGAGGCGGAGGGGGGGGAGAGGGAAUCCGCUCCCCCGAAACCCCGGAGGCAAAGGUACCCCUGACUGGAAGGGCUUUGAGGGGAAGAGGAAACUGAACGUAGCCCAGUUUUUUGUAGUUUUGUUAAAAUAAUCAAGUACCGAAGGCAAAUCUUAGGCAGAAAGGAUAGAGAGAUGGAGCCUACUGUGUUGGAUGCCGGCUUGAAUUUUUUAUUUACUUUUCCGUUUUAACCACUGCUAAAUGUGGAUUUUGUGAGAGAACCCGAUGGCGGUUGUUCCAUUGUUCCUUGUUUGAACGUAAACCUUAGUUCUGCUGCUCGUGGAGUUUUUUUUUGUUUGUUUAUUUAUUUUUUAAAAGGACCUUCCCAGGUAGCUUUUACAUCUGACAAAAUGAAGCCUUUGUAUUUUUCGAUCAAUUAUACCUAAUAUAGACCUUCAGUUUGGUACAAGAGACUUAAAGUGCUGCCUCACUCAGAGGACCAUUAAAGACUUUCUCUUUCGCUACAUGUAGCUGAAUGUGUUACGACACAUCCUUUCUCCCCCCCCCAAAUCUUCCUAAAGAUUUUUCCAAAAUGAAGAAAUUUAAUUUUCGCAAAGUUUUGGAUGGUUUAACUGCCUCAUCCCCUGGUGGAAGCAGUGGUGGUGGCAGUGGUGGUGGAAGUGGGGCUGGUGGUGGCUCCGUGCACACAGGAGGGACUGCAGGAGCUGCAGGGACACCCAGAGAUGAGAUCCAGGAGACGCUCACUUCAGAUUAUUUUCAAAUUUGUAAGACGGUUCGCCAUGGUUUUCCUUAUCUACCCACUGCCUUAGCUUUUGACCCAGUUCAGAAAAUUCUGGCAAUUGGAACAAGAACAGGAGCCAUACGAAUAUUGGGCAGGCCUGGUGUUGAUUGCUACUGCCAACAUGAAAGUGGUGCUGCAGUUCUGCAGCUCCAGUUCUUAAUCAAUGAGGGUGCUUUGGUCAGUGCAAGUGCAGAUGAUGCACUUCAUUUGUGGAAUCUCCGACAGAAACGACCAGCUAUCCUACAUUCUCUGAAAUUUAACAGAGAAAGGAUUACUUACUGCCAUCUACCUUUCCAGAGUAAAUGGCUUUAUGUUGGAACGGAGAGGGGAAAUACACACAUUGUAAAUAUUGAGUCCUUCAUUCUUUCUGGAUAUGUUAUCAUGUGGAACAAGGCAAUAGAACUAUCCACAAAGACUCACCCUGGGCCAGUUGUACAUUUAAGUGACAGCCCAAGAGAUGAGGGAAAACUAUUGAUAGGCUAUGAAAAUGGGACUGUUGUAUUCUGGGACUUACGAUCUAAAAGAGCUGAUCUGAGAGCUUAUUAUGAUGAGGCUAUUCAUUCUGUUGCUUGGCAUCAUGAAGGAAAACAGUUCAUGUGCAGUCACUCUGAUGGCAGCUUGACCCUAUGGAAUCUGAAGAGUCCUAACAGACCAUUCCAGACCACAAUUCCACAUGGAAAAAUGCAAAGAGAUGGAAAAAAACCUGAAUCUUGUAAACCAAUUCUUAAAGUAGAGUACAAGACCUGUAAAAACAGUGAACCAUUUGUAAUAUUUUCUGGUGGAUUGUCAUAUGAUAAGGCUUGUCGAAGACCAAGUUUAACCAUCAUGCAUGGGAAAGCAAUUACAGUUCUUGAAAUGGAUCACCCUAUAGUUGAUUUUUUGACUCUUUGUGAAACCCCAUAUCCAAAUGAAUUUCAAGAACCGUAUGCUGUAGUUGUGCUUUUGGAAAAAGAUCUCAUUGUUGUUGACCUGACACAAAGCAAUUUUCCAAUCUUUGAAAAUCCAUAUCCUAUUGACAUUCAUGAGUCACCUGUUACCUGCACAGAAUAUUUUGCGGACUGUCCUCCAGAUUUGAUUCCUGUACUCUAUUCUGUGGGAGCAAAACAUAAAAAGCAAGGAUACAGCAAUAAGGAGUGGCCUAUCAGUGGUGGAGCAUGGAACCUUGGAGCUCAGACUUAUCCCGAAAUCAUUAUUACAGGCCAUGCAGAUGGAUCAGUAAAGUUUUGGGAUGCUUCUGCCAUUACUCUACAGAUGUUGUACAAAUUAAAAACAUCAAAGGUCUUUGAAAAACAGAAACAGGGAGAAGGAAAAGCAACAGCUGAGAUUGUGGAAGAAGAUCCUUUUGCUGUUCAGAUGAUAUACUGGUGUCCUGAAAGCCGAAUUUUCUGUGUGGCGGGAGUUUCUGCAUAUGUGGUGGUUUACAGGUUCAGCAAACAUGAAGUAAAUACUGAAAUUGCAUCAUUAGAGGUACGACUUCAGUAUGAAGUAGAAGAUAUCAUUACUCCUGAACCGGAAAUAAUUCCUCCAUUUCCAGAUGCCUCCUCCCAGCUUCCUUCUUUAAAGAGCCUUUCAGGCAGUACCAACACUGUAGCAUGUGAAGGAACGAUGAAGGAUAGUAUCCCAUGUCUUAGUGUUAAGACUCGGCCCCUGCGAAUGCCUCCUGGAUACCAAGCAGAUCUUGUUAUUCAGUUGGUGUGGGUGGAUGGUGAGCCUCCACAACAGAUUACCAGUCUUGCUGUAAACUCUGCUUAUGGACUAGUGGCAUUUGGAAAUUGCAAUGGUUUGGCCGUUGUGGAUUUUAUGCAGAAGACCGUACUGCUGAGCAUGGGAACCCUUGACCUAUACGGAUCAAGUGAUCCAUACCAGCGUCAACCCCGUUCACCUCGCAAAAGCAAGCAGUUUGCUGCAGACAACUUUUGCAUGCGUGGCCUGUCUAACUUUUAUCCAGAUUUAACGAAACGGAUCCGUACUUCCUAUCAGAGCCUGACUGAACUCAGUGACAGUCCAGUUUCCCUGGAGCUAGAGCGUUGCAAGUCUCCCACUUCAGAUCACGUGAAUGGUCACUGUACAAGUCCAACGUCCCAGAGCUGCAGUUCAGGAAAACGACUUUCCAGCGCAGACGUCUCAAAAGCAAACCGCCGAGGGCCUGGGAGGCCCCCCUUCAGAAAAGCGCAGUCUGCAGCCUGCAUGGAGAUUUCUCUCCCAGUCACCACAGAAGGUUACAUUUCCAGACGGGCAAUGCUUCAGCAAUUACAUGGAAUCAGUACAUUCUCACACGACGAGCGUCACUAUACUGCUCACACAUGGAUGAACAAAGAAAAUAGGGAAAACUCCUUCAGCCGUUCCCGAAGCUCCAGCGUGUCCAGUAUCGACAGGGACUCAAAGGAAGCAAUUACUGCUUUAUACUUCAUGGAGUCCUUUGCCCGAAAGAAUGACUCUGCUGUCUCCCCCUGUCUCUGGGUUGGAACGGGCCUCGGUAUGGUCUUAAUCCUCUCCCUUAAUCUGCCUGCUAGUGACGAUUUACGGCAGUCAGAGCCAGUCAUGGUGUCGCCAAGUGGCACAGUUCUGACACUGAAAGGAGCCGUGCUGACCUUCGCGUGCUUGGACUGCAUGGGGACGUUGACACAUCCACCGUAUGAAGUAUGGAGGGACCCACACAGUGCUGAUGACAGUGAAAAAACAAGAAAAAGGAAACUUGUCAUGCAUUCCCCUUCCUCCUCCCAGGAUAUGGGUGAUCAUCAAUUUGCAGUCAUUUGUUCAGAAAAACAAGCCAAAGUCUUCUCAUUGCCUUCCCAAACAUGUCUUUAUGUCCACAACAUCACCGAAACGUCCUUUUUAUUGCGAGCAGAUGUGGUCACCCUCUGUAACAGCGUCUGUCUGGCGUGCUUUUGUGCCAAUGGGCACAUCAUGACACUGAGCUUGCCCAGCCUUCGCCCGCUGCUGGACAUCAACUAUUUGCCUGUAACAGACAUGAGGAUAGCGCGGACCUUUUGUUUCACUAACGAAGGGCAAGCUUUGUAUCUCAGCUCUCCCACAGAGAUCCAGCGCCUGACGUACAGCCAGGAGAUGUGUGACAAUCUGCAGGACAUGCUUGGGGAUUUGUUUACUCCUGUGGAAACACCAGAAGCCCAAAACAGAGGCUUUCUCAAAGGACUUUUUGGAGGAAGUGGACAAGCUUUUGACAGAGAGGAGCUCUUUGGCGAGGCCACGGCAGGAAAAGCGUCUCGCAGUCUUGCCCAGCACAUCCCUGGAUCAGGCGGAAUUGAAGGUGUGAGAGGAGCCGCAGGAGGAGUCAUUGGGGACUUGACUCGUGCACGCAUUGCCCUUGAUGAGAGAGGACAGAAACUGGGAGAGCUGGAUGAAAGGACUGCGAGCAUGAUGGCCAGCGCAGAGGCGUUUUCCAAACAUGCACACGAGGUGAUGCUGAAAUACAAGGACAAAAAGUGGUACCAGUUUUAGAUUUUCAAAGCAGCUGCUUGUGGCUUUAAGAAAACUGUUCAGGGAAGCAACAUUCAUUCCUAAAUCUACCAGUCACUGGCCAGAGACAGUUUUUUCUCCUAGAAGAUGUUUUCCUGUUACUAUUAUUGGAUUCAUCACAGUGGGAGUGAAGGAGAAAUUUUACAGACCGUGACAUGGAAGCUAAGAAUCAUGUGGGUCUUACUCCAACAGCUGGCUCAUGCGAUAGCCAAUUUUUUUCCAAAAGGAACUCAACCAUCACUGUGGCAUGUAGUUUUGCAGAAGCUGUAGGUAUGAACUGUGGGGAGUGCGUCUGGUUAAAAACUAUUCUGUACAAACUCGAAUGUUAAUGCACUUACAAAACUUUGCAUGACUAAUUGACAUCUUAAAAAAAAAAAAAAAAAAAAAAAAAAAAACUGAAAGCAUGUUGUGACCGAAGAAAAAUGGGAUUUAUUUCUAUUCUGAGCAAAAAAAAAAAAAAAAAAAACUUAAAUGGCAAAAAUCUUUAUUUUUUAAAAGUGACAUUACAAAAAGCCAGUACAUUUCAAGCAUGUUUGCUACCAUUCUCAACAUAAAAAUGAGUUGAGCUGCAUUUUCUUAUCUGUUAUUUAUUUCCCUUGAAAAACCUUGCUUGAAAUCAGUGCUGUUUAACUCCUACCAAAAGAAUAAGUAACUUCAAAAUCCUAUGCCCAAAAUUUACAGAUUUUUUCAAGCAGCUAGACAGGCACUAUCUGAAAUGAAAACACGAGCAUAGAUGGUUUAUUUGCAAUUCAGAGCACAUGACAUGUCAUCCUUAUCUGUACUUUUUAAAAUGUGCUCUAGAUUUAUCUCGGUUGUCCUUGAAGGGGGGCUGUGGCAUUUUUCAUCCCUGUGGUGUCUGUAUCACUUGGUUGCCUUAUUUCUCAGCAGCAGGAAUAGAAAACGAGCUUAGGAAAUCGCUUCUUCAAGUUAGGAAAGGCAAGAUGGGAAACUGCAGGAUUACAAGUUGGAGAGUCUGUCAAGUUCUGCUCACAGAAGCUGCUUAGGAGCUUGCUUGCAGAGCAGUGAUUUUUUUUUGUGGUUUUUAAGUGGUCAGUUGAGAUUAUGCUAAGGAAACUGCACAGUAACCCCCCGCAAAGCUGGGGCGGGGAGAGAGAUCACAGCAGCACAACUAAACAGUGGGCAUGGGGAGGAGCAUGAAAAACAACUGUCAACAUACAGCCCUGAAUUGGCACAUAUAUAAAGUGACACCCUGGGUGCAUGGCAAUUGGCUUCCUGCUCACACUGCUAAAAGUCAUUUCCUUCUGCUUCAAAGCAGCUUGUUUGGUUUCUACAGUGAACUCUGCAGAAAACUCUCCAACCUGCAGCUACAGAAGAGAACAGUAAGUAGAACCUGUUACCUGUCUACACAAAGAGAUUCCUAGUCCAUGAGUGUGCUGCAGUAGCCUACAAGAGCCUGACUGCCACACAGGUCAACCAUUAAGUUAGAAAUUUUUCCAAGAUUGGCUUGGAAACAAGGCACUGAAGGCUUGUCUUCAUGUGCCUGGACAUCGUUUCAAAUUAGAAAAGGGAAGUGAGGAAAAGGUGGAAAAGCAGCAUUGAAAAAUUUUCUAUACGAGAAGAGUGACAUCCUCUGUCCCUUCAAGGAGUCCUGACAGACAGUGAUGCAGACGGGCACCAUCCCUCUCCUAACUGGGCCUUAACUUCACUGGUGUUUAAGUCAUCCCAGUGUUCAGAUGAUCUCUCUCAAAGAUGCCUUUCCCAUACCCUUCCUUUUCUUACAAUAAAAUGGAGCCCAGGAAAUUGUACAGUCCAGAAGUCCAGCUUCACUAUCAGCCCAGCUGCACAAGUUAAAGGGUCGGAACAGGUUUAGGUGUUAAAUUUUAAAUUCACAUUGUAGCACAACAGGAAUUCUACACUUGUCUGUGGGUAACAUCAAAGUGAUGGCCCUGACAGGUCUAGCUCAACUGGGAGUGAGACUCUCUCUGUCACAGGAGAAGCUGCUCUAUAAUCGUGAGAACUGUAGGAACUUGUUGGGAAGAAGGUCAAAGCCCGAGCAAUGCCUAGGUUUCUGCUGAGAGUUAAGGAACUGGAGUUGUCCGUGAGCCGAGAGGAUGGCUCUGUGCGUGUGUGUGUUUGAGGAAACAGCAAACUCACCACUCUGAUGCCAGUAGGAACUGGGUUGGGGCACUCCUUCCAGUGGCCCGGUCACAGAACUAGCCGCUUGCAUGUGUGAGGAAGCAUCACUGUAACCAGGCAUCUAGGAUGAGAAAUAAAUGAGAAAAACAUUAUAGCAAUUCUAUCUUCUGUUUAAAUGUACAUUCACUCUACCUGUGCUCUGGCCUGUACUCCAAAACUACUAGUCUCCGGGCAACAAAAUCAUUUCAGGCAGCAGAGCACUCAAACUCUCCAACCAACUUUCUAGCCCUUAUUCUUCCUGCCUUCUCUGCUUUUUCAGAGAAGCUGAGCAGUUAACACUUCGUUAAUACCAAGGAAGAAAGCUUGGUAUUAGCUUGCGAAGCUGCCCCACCAGCCUUUGUACCCAGCUCUGCGCUUGCUUCUGCGCCGAGGUGUUGCAGCUGGAAAGGCCGUUACCAGUUCCAGCGUGGCACUCGGGCCCCAUAGCCCGUGGGUGUAACGUUUCCAUUACGAACUGGUGUAACGCAGUCAGCCUUUACGAACGCAGCCCUGGCGCUCAGGCAGCGGCUGGUUCACUUCGAUGACAAGGCAGCUGCCCGUUCUGCCUAAGUUUUCGGCUGUACCCCAUGUGGGUGGCUAACAUUGCAGAGAGCCCCGUUACCUUGAUUUCAGUGGAAAUGUCUUCAGGCUGGAGCUAGAGCCUGCUCGCUCGUUUGAGAAUCACAUCUAAAAUUUAAGAGCAACUUUUAAUUGCUAAUCACUCCAGCAUGCCCAGAGAGAAAAGUGUCUUCAACAAGUCUUUUACACAAUGCCUGACUGACUUUGGCUGCCAACAGUCUCUAGCUUAACACCAGGGGGGGAAAAAAAAAACAACAAAAAAACCAAAAAAAAAACCCCACAAACACCUGCCAGUAGAUUUCCAUUUGCAUUUUUAUGCAACAGAGAAAUGAAAAUUUAGCAUCCCUCAAACUUACAAUUUUUAAUACUAAACUUUUAAGCAACUUUUCUCUAGUAUUCCCCAUCAGGUCACAGCUGUAUCUUGCUUUCCACUAUUACUUAUUUUACAUAUUUCCAGACAGUUACAAAUUACUAUUUCUGUUCAGUUCACCACUUGUGACUAUAAUUAUCAAUUUUCUUGUAGUCUGUAGAGAUCUAAAAAGUUGUAUAUGUUUGUAUAUAGAACAUUCUAUAUAUAUAAAUAUAUAUAUGUAAUGUAUAUGUUGUAUAAGUUUGUUAGUGCACACUGUUAAAUGCUUUCUAUCAAGAUUUACCAUGUAUGUGGGAAAAAAAACUUCACUUAAAAACUUCAGUGAGGGAGGAAGAACUCUUGCCUGGUUGAUUUAUUGUGAAAUGAGGGGGAGUGUGGGAUUCUUGAAAGGCCUGACCUGAACACGCUACUAAAGGCUGUUAGUAAAAGGCAUAAAGACACAGAAUUCCAAGCAACGAGCACAGCAUCUGACCUGACUUGCUGUAAGAAAAUUGAGGACAUGAGCUGUCGCUGGAUGUUGAAAUCAUGUGCUUUCACCUUUCCCACUAAGACAGCGCCACCUCAAGCUAAAUCCUAAACUUAGACAUAUCUUUAACAUCGCAGUCCUCCGUUACAAUAGACCAGAUUGGCUAGAAAUAUUACCUCAAUUUCAAAUGCUUUUUGUUCGUUUGGAUUCCCUGUUCCCUCACAUUCUUCUUUACAGGAGCUCUCUUCACAGCCACAUCCAAAACCGGACACACAAAACUUCCAGCAGCACACACAUGCCUCUGGGUUUGAUGAGGUGUGUUUAAUCUUAUGCCUAGAGCUGUAGAUAGACAGAGUAUGCAGAGAAAAUACAUUAAAUUAGAUCACCUGUAUGUUUUCAGACUUUGCAAUUCUUCAAUGAAGUACAAGCUAUUUUAUUUAAAAAAAAGAAAAAUUCAAAAAUCCAUUCCUAGAGUUUUAACUUAAGCUUCAAAUGUUGAAUUAAAAGACACGAUAAAGGAAACUUUGAGAAUCAGUUUUUGGUUUGUAUAAUAGCUGUUUUCUAAAUUUUUUUUAGAGUUCAACUACUUAUGUCAAUUAGACAUUCCCUAUAUUACCAGAAUAUAGCUUGUUACACAAAUAUUUAACAGAAAUACUCCAUUUACUACACAUACUGUAUAAAAUUAUCACAUACAGAAAUUCUCUGAAACAGUUUACACAUUCCUUUUACAGAAGCCCUUUGACACCACAACGUGUGCACUGUAGUGAAGGUAUGCAUACAAAAAUACUUUUUUCAGUCUACAAUUUAAGAAGUGAGGAAAAUGUUGCAGCUUAAAUGAGAGCUGUGUUCAACCUCAGGACUCCUCCAUUUACAAACUGCCCAUAGUGGAACACAGGCAAAAAGCUGGAUUUCAGUUAAUUACAACCCUUGGAUACCCUGCCCUGCAUCCGUUUCCAUAACCUAAAGGUGAAUUCAAGCACAGUGUAUUUUGGUCCUGAAUGUUUUUUUGCCUUGGUUUGGUCUCAGUAAGAACACACUCUCUCUCAUUAAGGAACUACGUGUGGCCAUCUGUAGUCAACUCGUCAUCUUAGGUGUAUAAGCAAUAGUCACGUAAAUGAGUGUUUCCAUUCAUGUGUUUUGUUUUGUGAUUAAAUCAACAAAUCAGACAUUGUACUUUUUUAAAUAGCAACCAAUAUUCAGAUUCAAUGUCAAGGAAAUGUGGACAGAAUAUGUGUGGGGUUUGUUAAUGAGUCAUUACCUGUAUCUCAGAACAAAGGCUAAUCUGGGGUGAACCACACACGCCUGCGCUAACCAUGUCCUGUUUCCACAGGUAUCCUAAAUCGGCGUCACAAAAGGAAAACUAAGGCAUCUUUAACUGAGGCUGUUUUGAAUCCCCAGUAACAACCAAAAAAAAGAGGGAAAGAAAAUAAAGAAUUGAUAUUA